CGCCUCGCCGCAACCAUGGAGGCGCGACGCUGCGGCCUAGAGCGGCCCGACGCGGCGCGGGGGCUGCCGGGACCAUCGAGCGCGGGGCAGAGCGCCGCCGUGUCCUCUGCGGCCGCCAUGCUGCCCGCCGCCCGCGCGCUGCCGCCGCGCCUGCCCCGCCGCCUGUCGCCCGCCUUGCGCUGGGCCGCGGCCCGGCCACCCGCCGCUGGCCUGCGGGCGCUGGGCACGGGCCGCGCACGGCGCUCGGAGGUGCUGGCCGAGGCGCCGCUGGACACGGCCACCAAGGAGUACUCGCCCAAGGUGCGGCAGCUGGUGCAGGACAUCGCGGGGCUGACGCUGCUGGAGGUGGCCGACCUCAACGCGCUCCUCAAGGAGACGCUGAAGAUCCCGGACGUGGGGGUGAUGCCGGCGGCGGCUGCUGCUGCUCCUUUCCAGCGCGCCCAAGCAGCUCCGCAGGAGGAGGAAGGUGUCCCGCUCAAGAAAGAGAAAACACAUUUCACUGUCCGGCUGACAGAGCUGAAGCCUGCUGACAAGGUGAAGCUGAUCAAGGAGGUGAAGAACUUCGUGCCAGGAGUGAACCUCGUGCAGGCAAAGAAGCUGGUGGAGUCCCUUCCGCAGGAGAUCAAGGCUAAUGCCUCCAAGGACGAAGCAGAGAAGAUUAAAGCAGCGCUGGAGGCAGCUGGAGGGACUGUGGUUCUAGAGUAGAUGGCCCCUGUCUCAUCACUGAGGGACUGGCGCAAUGGCAGCCUUCCUCGCUGCCACCUGCCCAGGCACUGGCUGCUGCCGGAGCCGGGGUCCGGUGCUUCUGAGUGUGAGGCAUCCCCUGGCUGUGCGGUGGGAAUGCUCUCUAGCAGUGAUCCGCUGCAAGAAUGCCGUACGGUUUGGCGGGGCUGCUGCCUAGUUCUGGCAUCGCAAUGAACUCUACCUUCAUAAAUGUAAAAAAAACCACGCUGUAAAACGA